AAAAAAAAAAAAAAAAAAAAAAAAAAAAAAAAAANAAAAAAAAAAAAAAAAAAAAGGAAAUCCCAACAUUCAUUAUUGAUAACCUUCCCCCUUUCCUCAGCCGCGAAAUCGACCCCUCAAAGAAGGAAAAGAGAUCCUCCUGUUUCCGCCGGCGAUGAUGAUUGCUUGCCUGGAUCGGUUUGUAACGGACACCGAUUCCCGCCGCCCGCACGACGGCUCUUCCCUGUGCAAAGCUUUAGAGCUUCAACUACAAGGCGGCGUCACUACUGACUCACGGGACAUCGGUAUAGCCGGUAAGGAUUUCGGUGGGCUACAUUCCAUUACGCCCUUGGCCUUAGUGAAACCCACCGGUGCUGAUGACGUGGCGAAGGUGGUGAAAUCAGCCGUACAGUCGUCUAAUCUAACGGUAGCAGCUCGAGGGAACGGGCACUCGAUCAACGGCCAAGCGAUGGCAGAUCGAGGCUUGGUUGUUGACAUGACGGCGAUGGAGAAUCAUUUCCAUGUCGUCUUGAAUAAUGGGCUGUCGUACGUGGACGUGUCGGGAGGGGCAUUAUGGGAAGAUGUAUUGAAACGCUGCGUUUCAGAUUACGGAUUAGCUCCUAGGUCAUGGACGGAUUACCUUAGCUUAACCGUCGGUGGGACUUUGUCGAACGCCGGCGUGAGUGGACAGACGUUCCGGUACGGCCCACAAAUAUCCAACGUCGCGGAAUUGGAAGUGGUGACCGGAACCGGCGACACUCUAAUUUGCUCCGAAAUGGAAAAUUCUGAAUUGUUCUUCAGCGUUCUUGGAGGGUUGGGCCAGUUCGGUAUCAUCACAAAAGCUCGCGUCUUGCUUCAGCCAGCUCCGGAUAUGGUGAGAUGGAUUAGAUUGGUUUAUGCCGAGUUCGAAAGCUUCACACGUGAUGCGGAAUCGUUGGUACGGCGGCCGGAGGGAGAUUCGUUUGAUUACGUGGAAGGAUUUGUUUUUUCCAACAACGACGACCCAUUAACCGGAAGAUCGACAGUGCCGUUAGACUCCGACGCCGUUUUCGACAAAGCUCAUUUACCGGAAACCGCCGGUUCGGUUCUCUACUGCUUAGAAGUAGCGGUUCACUACCGGAACAACGACCCAGGCGCAACCGUCGACACGGAGGUUCACAGGUUGCUGACCGGGCUUGGGUAUAUAAAGCCACUGAGAUUCCAGGUGGACGUCAGCUACAUACAAUUUCUGUCACGUGUGAAGCGUGCGGAAGAGGAAGCAAUCGCCAAUGGCGUUUGGGAUACACCUCAUCCUUGGCUUAACCUCUUCGUGUCCAAAUCUGACAUCUCUGAUUUUGAUCGUGUGGUUUUUAAAUCCCUCCUUCAAAAUGGGGUCGGUGGGCCCAUGCUCGUUUACCCUCUACUGCGUAGCAGGUGGGACUCUCGAACGUCGGUUGUGUUACCAGAAGGUGAGAUAUUCUAUUUAGUAGCAUUGUUGCGCUUCACUCCCCCGAACCCGAAACCUUCAAUAGUUGACAAAUUGGUGGAGCAGAACAGGGAGAUUAUUCGUCGAUGCAAAGAGAAUGAUAUCGACUUCAAACUCUAUUUGCCACACUAUCAUUCGAGAGAUGAGUGGAAGCUUCACUUUGGGAACCAAUGGAGUAGAUUUGUGGAGAGAAAAGCAUUGUUUGAUCCAAUGGCCAUCCUUGCUCCAGGUCAAAAGAUCUUCACGAUAAUUCAACAACGCUCACAUUAAGAUGAUUCUUUUGACCUCAAAACAACAAUUAUUAAUUUUUUUUCUUCUUCUUUUGACAAAAAUCUUGACAUUGUUCGCUUCAAAAGCAUACUCAGCCCACAAUUUGUGAUGGUGGAGAAUCAAGUCCAAACUUUACAUGUUGUUAUCAC